AUGAUCAGAGAAUCACAUGCUCAUGGCCGUAGAAAAACGGCCAGAACCGAACCCGCAUCCCUCGUGCGCUCCGCUCUCCACGGCCGCGUCGUUGAUUACGUUGUCACACUUAAACCGGACUCGGCCAUCAACGAAGCUUGGGACCGCCUCCGUCCGCUCCCUGGCGAACCCAUCGAUAAACCCGAGAUCGCGAUAUGGACGGAUACCUGGCUGAAACGUCUCGCUCUGAUCCGAACCACUCCGAGUAAGCCGUGGCCCGCUCUCCUGCUUCUCACCGCUCAAGAUCAUGACUGGCACUUAUUGAUCGUCUCGAAGAAUGACCAGAAGAUGACCAUUUGGGAACAGAUUGCGAUUGGGAGUACGAGGUCGUGCUUCGACGUGAUGGAGGUGGUCGCGGUUCGUCACUGGCUAAUGGACUGGGCUGAGGGGGUGUGGCGGCCGUGGGUCCUGUCGUUGAUAGACUGA